AUGUCGUUCUUUCCUUAUCUACUUAAGGACGUAUAUGCUGAGGCUCUCUUGGCCUCCCCUAUGCCGGAGAAGUUGGAGAUCACAGGUGGUGAGGAUGCCUUGGGCCGGGCUGCUCUUGGCCCUCAGGUGAAGCAUUUUACUUCAAUUCUGUUUGGCUCCGAUGAUCCUCCUACUCCCCGUAAUGUCCGCUCUUCACGCUACUCUUCCACUUGUACCCUGGUCUCCCCUAAGCCGGGUAAACCUACUCGUCCGUUGGAGGGCUAUGAUGACAACCAUCGUAUGAUCGAGACCCAUGACCGUCAUGGUAAUGCUUUGGAUGCUGCUUCUGGAUGUUCUGGGCCCGAAUGUCCACGCUAUCUUGAAGCUACCUCGAUUACUGGUCUUGUCCGUUCAAGAAUAGGCCGUGGUUCCCCCUUCCGCAUUCCCCCGGUUAUAUCCCUAACUCAAGGACUUACUCCUACGUUUGCGGAAGAAAGUGUGCCCCUCACUCAGGCUAUGUUUGGUUAUAAGGCCAUUUUCAACGUGCCCGUUACUGAGGAAGGAGCUACGACCUUCGACUACGGUCACUUGAUUC